GUAAGCAUCUCAAUCGCACCAGUCUGCUUUUGCCUUUCGAAACCUAACUCUCGAUCAAUUUGGCACCAGAUUGCGCUACUACCAUGUCCGCCUCGUCUACCCAUCGCGCCGUCGCCGCCCUCUCGCCCGGCUCCUGGGAUGUCAUCUCCGUCCCCACGCCCUCGCCCAACGCGGGAGAGGUGCUCAUCAAGGUCGAGUACUCCGCGCUCAUCUCCGUCGAUCAGUAUCAAGUCGACACGGGGUACAUAGUCAAGGAGUGGCCCAUCGUGCUUGGCUUCACCGCCGCGGGGCGGGUCGCGAAGCUCGGUGAGGGCGUUCCGGACUUGAAAGAGGGGGACAGGGUCACCGCCUUCUCCUUCGGCGAGGCGCGCACGCGCGGGCUGCAGGAGUACACCAUCCAGCCGUACACCCUAGUUGGGAAGGUCCCCGACAACGUCUCCCUGGAGGACGCGGCGACGAUUCCGGACAACUUCGUUACCGCUUUCUUCACGCUGUUUAGCGAAAGCGGCUUGGAGUGGCCACACGCUGUCCCCGGCAGCGCGAAUGCAGACAAACCCGCUGCUGCACCCGAGGAUGCUGGCAAGCCGAUUCUCGUCUACGGCGCAGGCGGUUCCUCGGGGCAAUUCUUCGUCCAGGUCCUGCACGCCGCCGGCUACACGAACAUCCUCGCUACUGCGUCUCCAAAGCACAACGCACACCUCAAGGCGCUCGGUGCGCGCGAAGUCUUUGACUACCGCUCGCCCACGCUCGCCCAAGAUAUCGAGCACUUCGUCGGCGGCAAGGUUGCGCUGAUCGUCGACUGUAUCGCGACGGAGACUACAAUAACGGCUAUCGGCGGGACGCUCGCCCCCGACGGCUUCUUUGCGAUGCUGCUCCCGCUCAAGGGUGGGGAUAAGGUGAACCCCGAGGGGACCAAGGAGGAGGUGAAGUUCUAUUACGACGUACCGGACCAUCUCAAGCCGUACGUUCCCGAAGCGAGGAGACGCGCGCUCAUUAGGACGUUCACGUAUCAGGACAACACCUUCCUCAAAGAGAACCUGAUGCCGAAGAUCCUGCCCGACCUUCUGGCGAAGGGCUUGAUCAAGCCGAACUCCAUGCGUCUUCUCGCGGAGGGCACCCUGAAGGAGCGCGCAGCAGUCGCGCUCGACCUUUUGCGGCAUAACAAGCUCAGCGGGGAGAAGUUGGUCGUCAAGAUCGACUGACGAGAAGUCGUGGCGUGUAAGUGUUCGAAGUUCAAAAGACUGUAUAAUAGGUCGUCAGAAAUACUCUUAGGCAACAUGUACCCUCUUACUCAAAACAUCAUACAGUCUGAGGCUGCACCCCUCCACGGCCAAGGCUUCGGAACGAGGUCCAUGAAGGCGCGGGAGACUGACUGGCAUGUGCCGAGUAUCUGGGAACUUGAACGUCAUCCGGAUUGACCUCCUGCCAUCUCCCAUUCCAUCUGUUGGCCAGAGCGUACGCGAACGCAUCAAGUUAUACACUACGACGUCGACCUCCAUCAUUCACCUUCAAGGAGACGCGGCUUGGGCAACGCGGUAUACCUGACAGGCGAAGACGAUGUCAGCUUGGACACGGUGAGUGCGGCUGUUUGCAAGGGCCUAAUCGUUGCCUCUGACGCAGAGACCGAG